AUGGCCUCAGCUUUGGUGUCGCUGCUGCUGACAGCAGACGGCACCUUCGUUGCGCUGGCGCUGCUGCGGGCGGAGGCUCUGUGGGGUUUGCUGCUGCAGCAAAUCACCCAGCAGCAGCAGCAGCAGCAGCAGCAGCAACUGAAACUGCAGCAGCAGCAGCAGCAGCAACUGAAACUGCAGCAGCAGCAGCAGCAACAUGCGUUGUGUACACAGAGCAGCAGCCUUUUGUGUCGCUAUCACUCUUUAGAGAAGCAGCAACAACUGCAACAAAUGCAGCAGCUGCAGCAGCUGCAGCAGCAGCAGCAGCAGCGAACAAGCAAGCAUGCUGCAGACGACCCGGCAGCUGCAGCACCAACAUCAGCAGCUGCAGCUGCAGCAGCAGCAGCAAAAGCAGCAGCAGCAGCAGCAGCAGUAUCCGUGCAUGGAGCUGAUUUGCAGUUCUGGUGCUCUGCAGCUCAGCAGCAGCAGCUGCUGCUGCUGCAGCAGCUGCAGCUGCUGCCGCUGCCUCGCCGAAGGGUGCAGCCACUGCCGCACAACUACUGGCGCGCGCCGCCGCCGCAGCAGCAGCAGCAGCAGAAACAGCAGCAACAGCAGCAACAGCAGCAGAAGCAGCAGCAGCAGCGGCCGGUGACGUUGUUGCUGGAGCUCAUACAAUGCUUCCGCACGCAUGUUGCGUUGAGGCUGCAGCAGCAGCAGCAGCAGCAGCAAGGAGAGCUCGAAUGCAGCAGCAGCAGCAGCAGCAGCAGCAACAGCAACACUGAAGCAUGCAGCUCAGGGCGGGUGUGCAGCGAGGUCGAUCUGCUGCAGUUGCUGCGGCUGCAGCAGCUGCUGCUGCUGCUAUUUCCUCACAUGUUUGCGUGCUGCAGCGUCAGCAGCAGCAACGUACGGGGGGUAGCAGCAACAGCAGAAGCAGCAGCAGAAGGUCCUUGCUGCUGCAGUGUUUGUUACGCACAGCAGCAGCUGCUGCAGCAGAUCGAAUGCGUCCUCCGCAGCCGGUGGCUGCUGCCCUCCUCGCUGCUGCUGCAGUCCGUGCUGCUGCUGCAUGUGCUGCUGCAGGUUGCCUUGGCUCAGGCAACAGAAGCAGCAGCAGCAGCAGCAGCAGCAGCAGCAACUGCAGCAGCAGCAGCAGCGGCAGCACAGCCGCUGCUGCUCCAGCGCAUCAUCAGGUCGGAAGCAGCCCCUCUGCUGCUGCUGCUUCUUAAAGAACUUCAGUGCGGGGACGCGCAGCAGCAGCAGCAGCAGCAGCUGCGGCAGCAGCAGCAGGAGCAGCAACAGCAGCAGCAGCGGCAACUUCGCAGGCAUUUGCUGCUGCAGCAGCUGCGGGAGUACCUCCAGCAAGCAGCGGCUGCAGACCCCCUCUGCAGCAACAGCAGCAGCAACAGCCCGCGAGGCAGAAGCAGCAGCAGGAGCAGCAGAAACAGCAGCAGGAGGACGAGCAGCACGAGCAGCUGCAGCACCAGCAGCAGAAGCAGCAGCAGCAGAAGCAGCAGCAGGAGCAGCAAAGAGGUAAAGAGGGAUGCAACUAUCAGCAGCAGCAGCACCUUCCUGACUGCUGCCUCCUUGGCCGGCGGUCGUCUGCAGCAGCAGCAGAAGCAGCAACAGCUGCAGCAGCAGCAGCAGCAGCAGCAGGAGCAGCAGGAGCAACAGCUAUACAAAAGGAAAAAAGAGAAGGGGAGAGGCAGCAGCUCUGUGCUGCAGCAAGACUGCUCGCUGCAGCUGUCUUUGUUCUCCUCGCUGGCGUUUGCUGCUGAUGAAGAAGCAGCAGCUCAAACUGCUGCAGCAGCUCGCAGCUUGCUGCAGCAGCAGCAGCAGCAGCAGCAGCAACAGCAACAGCAGCAAAAGCAGCAGCAAAAACGGGUGCACCUGCGCCAAGCAGUGCUGGAAACAGUGUACUGCCUCAUCUGGAACGCUCCCGUUGCGCGCUGGGCUGCAGCGGCAGUGGCCGCACCAGGCAGCAGCAGCAGCAGCAGCAGCAACAGCAGCAGCAACAGCAGCAGCAGCAGCAGCGACAACCAGUGGGAGGGGACUGCAGCAGCAGCUGAUGACGGCGAAGCAGCAGCAUCAUGGAGCGUCAGCAGCUGCAGCAGCACCAUCAGCAACAGCAGCACCAUCAGCAGCAACAGCAGAUGCAGCAGCAAUUGGAGAGACACGCACAUCACUGAGCUGCGGCACCCUCAGCAGCAGCAGCAGCAGCAGCAACAGCAACAGCAGCAGCAGCAGCAGCAGAUGCGUCAGUGGCGACGGAUCCAUCUUCUCUGCUGCGACGCGCUGACGGAAGGUCUGAUUUUGCUGCUUGCUGAGGCCUGCAGCAGCAGCAGCAGCAGCAGCAACAGCAGCAGCAGCAGCAGCAGCAGCGUGUGCUGCUGCUUCAGCUGCACUGGGCUGCUGCUGCGGUGCCUGCAGCUGCUCUGUGCUGAUAGGCCCCUGCUGCUGCGGCUGCUGCAGCACGGCGUUCCGCUUGCAGUGCUACAGUUGCUGCUGCUCAGUGGAGGCAGAUGCA